UUGCACCCAUCCUCUCACCACCACCACCUCCACCUCCUGCCGCCCGCGCCACCGCCGUGACGAGCGCCCGCGCGUGGCAAUGGCCGACGAGCACUUCUUCCCCGGCCCCGGCGACUUCCCGUCCGGCCUCGGCGCCGCGCCCUUCUUCGGCGCCUCCUACUCCUACGCGCCGCCCGCCGGGGCGGGGCUGCUCGAGCUCGACGCCGCCGCGAUGCAGGCGUUCGGGUUGGCGUGGGCCGACCUGCAGCUGCCGGACUCCUCCGGCGCCGCGCACUUCGAUUCCGCGCUGAGCUCCCUCGUCUCGUCCCCGGCGCACAACGGCGGCGGCGGCGGUGACGACGUGGCCAUCGGCGACCUCAUCGGGCGCCUCGGCAGCAUCUGCGGCGGCGGCGCGGCCGCCAGCGCCAGCAACUCCUGCUACAGCACGCCGCUCAGCUCCCCGCCCCGCGGCGCCGCCGCGCCGUCGCCGGCAUUCCGGGGCUGCUGUGGCUACCCCGCCGGCGCCGCGGCCCUUAAGGCGCCCGGCGCCGGCGGCAGGCUGUCCCGGGUCGCCAGCAGCAAGUCGCUCGGCGCCGGGGCUGCGACGCCGGCAUCCGGGAGCCCCGACGAGGCGGAGGCGAGCCGGCCCGAGACGGGGCCGCCGGUGGGCAGCGGCAGCGCCGGAACGCGGGACCCCCCCGCGCCGCCGGCCAAGAAGCGCAAGACCUCGGCCGGGAAGGGCAAGGUCGCCUCUUCGGCCAAGGUCGUCGGCGGCUGCGGCGCCGAAGGCAAAGCUGGCGCUGACGCCGACGCCGCGGCGGAGAAGGAGCCGGCCAAGGACUACAUCCACGUGCGGGCGCGGCGGGGGCAGGCGACGGACAGCCACAGCCUGGCGGAGAGGGUGCGGCGGGAGAGGAUCAGCGAGAGGAUGAAGAUGCUGCAGUCCCUCGUGCCAGGCAGCAACAAGAUCACGGGGAAGGCGCUGAUGCUGGACGAGAUCAUCAACUACGUCCAGUCGCUGCAGCGCCAGGUCGAGUUCCUGGCGAUGAAGCUGGCGACGAUGAACCCCGAGCUGGACGCGGAGGCGCGCUACCAGGCGACCGCGGCAAUGCUGGCGCCGCCCCCCGCCGCGUUCCCCUCCUCCUACGCCGCCGCCGCCGCCGACCCGUCGGCGCAGCUGGUGGACUCGUGCGCCGGAGCCGGCGCCUUCCGCCCGGCCUGCUGGGCGGCGCACCAGGGCGACGACCUCCACAGCGCCGCCGCCGCCGCCGCCGCAUGCCACGACUACGGCCACGGCCUGCACGCGUCGCCGCCGGCGUGCGACAGUUUCCUCGACGGCAAGUGAAACCCAAUCGGCCGGGGCCGGCCGGCGGUGGCUGCCAUUUACUCGCAAGAUUCGGAAACAGUGUGCCUUCCUCUCGCCCACGUGCUGCUCAGCGUCCGCCGCACAGUGGCUGACGACGGCCGGGCUCUGUCGGUCGAUGGCCGCUGCUCGGUGGGGGUGCGUGCAGGACGGCAGGAGCAGCGGCGGCGGCGGUAGCGAGCCACGUGAAGCUCGAGCAGCCGUAGUAAAUGCACGGCUGCUCAGUGCUGCCUUUCCCUCUCCUAAAAAUCCGGUCUCCUCCUCCUCCCCCGGCCGGCGCCGCCGCCGCCGCCGUCUGUACAUACGCGACGACAGCAGCAGCAUCACCAGCGGCGGCGUCCCGAUCGGGAACGAAACAAUCAUUGCCAUCAGCUCAGACGCUGGCAACGCGAGCGGGACCCACCGAGCCGGGAGGGUCCAUUUUUUAUUGGCGAGGCAGAGGAGCAGGAAAGUCCUCUCUUUUCAGCGCUCCGGCAGGCAGAGUGCGUGGCUCGACGCCUCCUCGACCGUAGCUAGGAAUUGGAAGUGUGCUCACCAGAGCAUAGUGAUGCCACGGACCUGAAACGCAAUUCUUAGUAAGAGUAGUUUUUUUUUAGAAAAAAUAUCUUAUUAAGAGUAUCUUUAUAUUUAGACCACCCAGGCAAACCUUGCCUCAUCUUACUGGACAAGUAAAUAGAUGUGGUAGAGUGUUUGGAUCUCUAGCAA